CUUGGCAGGUCCCACACACUCCAGGACAGUUCCUGCUCCCAAUACUAAAUGGGCAACACAAGUUGGACUCUGUGGACUUUUAAAGGGAGAGGAGGAAGAGGAGAAGCAGCUGUUGUUGUUAGCGCCAGGGAGCCAGUCUGCUCCAGGACAAGGGAGACUUGGGGACUACUUGAAGUCGAGAGAGAACCCAUUCCACAAGCUGUCAUCUGAUUUCCACAACAUCGUCACGGCAUGCGCACCUGCAUCCACCCACAUGACCACACAAAAUCAGUCGAAGUGGAGGAAGAUGAAAAACAACCUCGGGGUAAGAGUCUACCAGGGAAGUGGUUCGCCAAGUAGAGGCCGACCUGAGCUCCUCUCCCUGGAUAAGCCACCUGUCACAAAGGAGGAGCCUGAAGGGACCCCCGAUCGGUGGAGGGGAACGGGCCAGGCCGGAGCGAAGCUGCGAGGCCCAGGCUGUCAGCCAGGGGCCAGGCUAGACCGGGAGGGGAGCUCACGUGGUCUCCCGAACACCGCCGGGAGUCGGAGGGGGUGGUGCGGUGGAGAGGAGGCCAGCGCGGCCCUCCCCGGCCGUCCAGCUCCUCCCUCCGGGCACGUGACGCCUGCGUCCGUCCGCCCGCUCGCUCGCUCGCUCGCUCGGUGGCGCAGCGCUCUGUUUCUGCCCUCCCGCCGUGGCGCCCUUCUUCUCCCGGUCCCGUCCCGCCGCCUCCCCCACUCCUCCCCCCGCGCGCCAAUCACUGCUCGAGCUCGCGAGCGCCCGCCCCUCCAGCCCGCUCCGCCCGCUCCCAUUGGCUGCAGCCUCAAGGACGCGUCCCGAAGGCGGGCGGCCACCAUUGGUGGGCCGAGCCAGCCGAGUUCCCGGAUGAGGGAACAUUCUGCGGUAUAAAGGGCGCGAGGAAGGCGGGAGACG